GGCUUGAUGCUCGGGGGCGAUGCGCCGCUGGGGGUGUAGCCGCCAACAUCGGGCUCGGGGAGCCCGUCGCACAGACUCGCACGGGCUUGCGCCUGAAAGCUCCCGCUCCUGCACGAAAGCCUCCUCCGGCCAGAACGGCAGCGCCACCCUCGGUCGUCCAGAAGGAGCCCGAAGAGCUUCAGGUCAUGAGUGCCGCCAAGCUGUGGCAGAUAGUCCAGCACUUACAAUCUCUUGGAGGAGGAGGUCUACCCAUUCUGCCCUCGCAUCGAGAGGGCAUGGAGGCAUGGGUGUUGAAGGCUCAGCGGCUCUUGGCGGUCACUCCCGGCACGCAAGCCGCUGGCGCUCCCUCCGAGCUAGGACAGGCAGCCAAAGGCGGUUUUUAUCUGGAUGUCGCAGAGCUACCGUUGCCAAGAGGUGGCAGCGUGCGCGAGGAGCACCUGGAGGCCCGAAAGCUACGCCUGCAAAGACGCUGCGCUGCGGAGGGCGGAACACCGGCAGCUGGACAAG